AAAAGAAAUUAUAAGAUAAAUUCUACAAGAUCUGAUGCGAUUUUUCUAGAAAAAUUAAAUAAAAAGGAAUAAAUGAGGGUUCUUUUAGAAAAGCUGAUACUAUUGGGAACUUCAGGUCGUAUAUAUAUAGCUCUUCAUCAAAGCCACUUGACUCAAUUCUCUCAGAGUUUUCUGCGGAAAACUCAAACUCUCGUGGCUUCUUUGUCUAAUACUUCUAAUAAUCAUAAAGCCAUGAUUUCCUCCUUUCACUUCAAGGGAUGCCUCCUGUCACUUUGUUUGGUUGCUUGCGCAGCUGAGCUUCAACGUUUUAAGCAGGCACCAAAACCAGAUGGCUCUCUCAGCUUCCUGGUUGUCGGAGAUUGGGGAAGACGGGGACAAUACAACCAAUCUCAAGUUGCUCUCCAGAUGGGGUUAAUUGGAGAGAAAUCAAACAUAGACUUUGUCAUCUCCACUGGUGAUAAUUUCUACGAAGAUGGUUUGACAGGCGUCGACGAUCCAGCAUUUAACGAAUCGUUUUCCAAUAUUUAUACUGCUCCCAGCUUAAAGAAGCAAUGGUACAAUGUGUUGGGCAACCAUGACUAUCGGGGUGAUGUUGAAGCACAAUUGAGUCCCGUUCUCAGGGCAAUUGACAGUAGAUGGUUUUGCUUAAGAUCAUUCAUUUUAGAUGCAGAAAUCGUAGAUUUUUUCUUUGUGGACACAACCCCAUUUGUGGAUGAUUACUUUACAAAUCCAAAGGAGCAUACUUAUGAUUGGAGAGGUGUGACUCCUCGGGCGGAAUACCUUUCAAAUCUCUUGAAGGAUGUGGAUUCAGCACUAAAAAAUUCCACAGCAAAAUGGAAAAUUGUGGUCGGUCACCAUACUAUUAAAAGCGCAGGACAUCAUGGUGUCACCGAAGAACUUGUAAACCAACUUCUCCCAAUCCUUAAGUCAAAUAAUAUCGAUUUUUACGUAAAUGGACAUGACCAUUGCUUGGAGCACAUAAGUGAUUCUGAUAGUCAAAUUCAGUUCUUUACAAGUGGAGGUGGGUCCAAGGCAUGGAGAGGUGAUAUAAAGUCGUGGAGUCCAGAGGAGUUGAAGUUGUAUUACGACGGACAAGGUUUCAUGUCGUUUCACAUGUCCAAGGCCAGUGCUGAUGUUGCAUACUAUGAUGUCUCUGGCAAUGUCUUACACAAAUGGAGCCUUUCCAAAGAGAUCGACUCAGCCACUCACAGAACAUUCACCUACUCUUAAAAUAGUAACUCUGCCAGUUUAGUUAUUGGAAAAUAAAACUUACUCGUGUAUAAGGCAUCGUGAACAUAUCUGUUACACAAAAAUUUCAAUAAUUGCAGUAUAAAUUCUUUAGUGAUCUA